GAAUCGCUAAUCGUAACCUCACGAUGUACGUGUACUACCAGACUGUUCCCAAGUGAGGCCGAGUGAGCUGAGUUCAUGACAACCCUUUCUGUAAUGGCAGUGCAUAUACUAAUACCAGACCCCUCUGCAUCACACAAUUGGACAGAUGUAUUGAGUAGCACCCCAUCUGCCAAUGCAAGUAACAUGUCAACAAGCUCAGAUGUUUCUCAAACAUUUACCAUCCCUACUCUGGAACCAAACAGUACCGAACCUCUACCACCAUGCCUUUGGAUACUCUAUGCAGAGAUUGGUAAAUCAAAUAUUAGAGUAUGGGAUUUGAUGCUUCUCGUUCCCAAUGCCAUCUUCCUACUCUUCCUGCUUCUCAGGUCAAAGGUUGCAGUUGCUAAAUUGCGCCAAACCAAUAGACCAAUCUUUUUCACAUUCUACAUUAUGGCCUUUGUAGCAACCAUUGUUAGUGUUAUCAGAGCUAUCGUAUCAAUGAUUGUAGAUGCCACAACCUUACCAGGGGAUUUAACAGAUACAAUUCUGUGGUUAGCUGUGAGGUUUGCUCUUCUCUCCAUUGAGCUGAGUGUGGUUAUAUUUGGGAUAGGUUUCAGUCACCUUGAUAGUCGAUCCAGCAUCACACUCAUUCUUCUUAUUACGUGUGUUAUCUCCUUCUGCUACUCAGUGGUUCAAGGCUGUUUAGAGGUUAUAUAUCCUGAUGAACACUAUGAGGAUCCUAAGGAACAUGAUAUAUUCACUCAUGGUGGUAUGAUCUUUUGGUGUGUAACCUCUUCAAUAUUUUGUCUGGCAUAUAUAACUGUCUUCUUAUUGCCUUAUACACCUGUGAAAAAUAGAAUACAACUACCCGCAAAGAGGUCUUUUUACUGUUAUAUAGCUUCAUUAGCAUUACUCAAUUUCAGUCAGGCCAUAGGAAGUGGUCUUGUUUAUGAUGAUGUCCAGCCAGCAAUAUGCCUUGUGGACAUUACAUCUUUCCUGUACUUUACAUGUUUUGCACCAUUAAUUUACAUCACAUUCCUUCAUAAUUUCUUUCUAGCAUCAAAGCAACUACUCCUGCUUUCAUAUGCAUCUCAACCCGAUGAGAAUGAUGAUGAAGCACACCACUUACCCUACUCAGUCAGUCGGGAUGAUACAUUUAACCAGUCCCUUUAUGAUAGUACUGAGUUCGGUCAGGGCAGCCCUCCUGCAAUAUCUGGUCAACUUUCUUUUAGUAUCAAUGCUCAGAUUGAACCUGUACCACAUGAUCUUGGUGACACAAAAGGAUAGUCUUUAUUGCUACUGAGAUACAAAGGACCUGAUUCACUAAUGUGUACCAAGUUAAACCAUGGUGUAAAUCAGCUGCCUUACUAUGGAAAGCCAAAUGUUACUUUAAUCCUAACUAGUUUGUUUGAUUUAUCAAUACAUUUGAUACUCUGAAUAAUUAAUAGCUAUCUGAAAGAUAAGGAUAAUUAUAAAAAAAAACAGGAGAUUGUUUAAUAAAGAGUAUGACAACAUGCACAUGAUGUUUAACAAAAAAAUCUCAUUGAUAAAUACACAGUAGCAGGUAUCCUCUGAAGUUGAUCUGACCAGUGUGAUGAGGCUUAAAUGGUGCACGCAAUGGAAUUUUAAAUCUGAUUUAAAGUCGGAUAACCCCUCGGCAAGAAGUCUACAACCUUAGUCUUUUAGAAUCAACUGAUCUGUAGAACGAAGUGUAUUAUAAUGGUAGGAUUCUAUGGGCUAAUUAUUUAACUUAGACUUCUCAUUCGUUUUGAAUUUGUAGGAAAGUUUCUGAAUUUUUCCUCUACAGAGAUCUUGUUUAAAUAUUAAAGAUAGAUCAACAUCAAUUCCAUUUUCUCUUAAUAUUUUGACCGUGUACUACUUUGAGAAAUGAGUGGUUUUUUAUAUUUUUAAGUAAAAUCAACCUAUUUUUCAUUCAGUAAGUUUGGGAGGUCUGCAUAACAGUAAGAGUUGUCAUAUUUGGCUUCCAAUCAGUUGAAUUUAUAUUUAUACCAUGGUUUCACUUCAUUCAUCUUUGUGAAUAUUGACCAAACCAGUUUGCCCAUUGAACCAAAUCACCUUAUUUUUCUAUAAAUCUAAAUGGUAUAUAGAGAUAUAAAUAUAUUUUAUGUGUUUACUGAGAACUUAGAUGGUACUUAUAGAUGUUAUAUUUGCAUAAUAUACAUUAUAUUUGUUCAAAUUCUUAUUUGUACUUUGUUUUUGUUGUACUUAAUGUUCACAAUUAUUGUUGGAUAGAGUGAACUCAUUGUUAUUUGUACUACAUCUUGAUUUUGUUGUAUUAUGUUCACAAUUGCCAUUUUAUAGAGUGAUCUUUUAGUUUUGUUUAUGACAUCUCGAAUUUGUCACACAAGUUGAGUAUUGAAAGAGUUUAAUUGUUGAUGAAACUACAAGACCUUCAACUUGAUAUUUUAUGAAAUCAAGUUUGAUAUUUUUUUUGCUUGAGACUGAUAUUCUAAACUCAUAUUUCGAGAAUGUACACGUUCAUAAAAGUUAUAAUUAAAAGUACAUUAUGGGUUUUGUUGGAUUUCCAUAUCAGAAUUAUGUAAAAAAAAAUUUAAAAAGGGAUGAAAACAAAAUCCCAGUCUUGUAAAAAAUUGAUGAAAGAAAUAUACAUGUAACUUAAUGGAAGGCAUUAAGAGACUGUAGUUUAUAAGCAGAUAUAUCUUUUGACAGUUUGUAUCCACUUGGUGUCUUGGUCUACUAUCAGAUGGUCAUAACACAAGGCUAAAAACACAUGGUCUGAUAUCAAAUCUGUCUAAUUACCAUUUGGUCUCACCAUUACUUAGGCUAAAUGGCAUUUAGUCUAAUGCCCAGAUGGUCUAGUUUCCACUUUGUCUAUUUUUUUUUCACAAUUUGUCAAAUGAAAAUAUUAUUUUAAACAGUGUAGCUAAUCAUUUAAACUAUGGUAGGUGUCAGUCCAAGUGGAUAUUAGAUGAUAUAUGUAUUGCCUAUUUAAAAAUUAGACAAAACAGUAAGUGGGCAUAGUGUCAAUUAUACCAAAUGGCUA